AUGGAAUCCAAGAAGAAACCCACCGCUGCCACUGCGCGCACGUCUGCACGCACUAGAAAGCCAACCAGCAAGGCCAGGGAGGCCGAACUUAGCAGGGUCACAAAGCCCAAAGCAAAGCCCCGGAAGAGGGCAGUCAAGAAGGAGCCAGAGAAGAGCCAGCCAAAGCUGGAGAGUCCAGAGCCGAUCAAGCCAUAUACCGGCAAAGAGGCUGAAGCACGUCCUGAGAUGCCAGCCAUCCCAACCAUUCUCGUCACUGACGAGACGGGCAGAGCCACCAGGCUGCCCCAGACACCACCACGCCUCAGCAAGGAGGACGAACAAGCAGUAACCAUCCUGCUUGAACUGGCUGCCGCAGCAAUGGCGCCAGACUUUAUCCCAGAGGUCGAGCUCGACCUGGUGGCUGUCAGCCACCAAUUCUACUCCCAAUUCCCGACGGCAGCAGAGGCAGCGACGAUGGGUCGGCCAGCCGACCCAUCUGAGCUCGCCUGCCCCUACCUUCCGCGCCCGCAUACCGACAAGCAAGGCUGGACGCACACCGGCCGUGUCAAUGAACACGGCGAAGAGUACAUCGUCAUCCCACCAUCAUUCACUAGAUGGUCGCCCGCCGAGCCCACCAACCCUUCGCCAGCCAUGGAGGCCUGA